AUGGCAGAACACGCCCAAGAGGAGCUGCCGUCGGCUGGCUACCAACCCAAGGAUGCGCUGGGUGCUGCGAUCAAGGCCACCAUGGUCACUGGUGCUGCCGGCACCUUCAUCUCCACCAUCCAGAACACCCUCACCAAGCAGAAUGUCGGCGCGUUCGGUAUAUUUACAAGGACAGGUGGUACUAUUGCGGUAUUUGCCGCAAUGGGGGGAGCCUACGAGUUCACCAAGACCGCGUCCGCAAAUCUGAGACAGAAGGACGACACCUACAACACAGCGAUUGGAGGAUUCUUCUCGGGUACAAUGUUGGGUCUGAGAUUCCGAUCAGCACCCGCCGUCAUCGGCUACGGCUCAGGCCUUGCCAUCCUUCUGGCAGCUUUCCAGUACACCGGCGGUACUCUCAGCGGUUUCGCCCGGGAUCCUAAUGUUGACGAGGUGGCACGGAAAGAGUAUUUGAGGAAGAAUAGGAGGCGGUCGAUCGAGGAAACAGUGAACGAGUUGGGUGAGGGAAGAGGAGUCUAUGCGCCAGGCUACGAACAGAGGAGAGCAGAGCGCAUCAAAGAGCGAUAUGGCAUCGACGUGCCAGUCCAGUCCCCAUUGGAAACUGCUUCAUAA